UUCUGUUUUGCAGUUACUGAAAAAGAAAUACGUCAAUGGCACAAAGGAUUUCUAAAAGACUGUCCGAAUGGUUUACUCACAGAGCAAGGUUUUAUCAAAAUCUACAAACAAUUUUUCCCACAAGGCGAUCCCAGUAAAUUUGCUUCGCUUGUGUUUCGUGUCUUCGAUGAGAACAAUGAUGGGUCCAUCGAGUUCGAGGAGUUCAUACGCGCCUUAUCCGUCACAUCGAAGGGCAACCUGGACGAGAAAUUGCAAUGGGCGUUCCGUCUGUACGACGUCGACAACGAUGGCUACAUAACCCGCGAGGAAAUGUACAACAUUGUGGACGCAAUCUAUCAGAUGGUGGGUCAACAGCCGCAGUCGGAGGAUGAGAACACGCCGCAGAAGCGAGUGGAUAAGAUAUUUGAUCAAAUGGAUAAGAAUCAUGAUGGCAAAUUAACAUUAGAAGAAUUUCGUGAGGGUAGUAAAGCUGAUCCACGUAUAGUUCAGGCGUUAAGUUUAGGUGGUGGUUAAAAAAAAAAAAAAAUAU